UGCUGCUUCUGCUCUCUAAUGCUGAACUCUGUGCUGGCUGUGACAGCUGCGUGAGAUUUGAGCUGCACCAAGACGCAGGUCUUCUCUGCAACCUCUGAAGUGGAGCAGUGAAGAACAAUGGCACCAUCAAACGUCUUCAUUUUCCUUUCCGUUCUUGCCAUGGCACUGGCAUCAAGCUUGCAGAAUCCUGGCUGCAGAAUCAGGAUCACCUCCAAGGGGCUGCAAUUUGUAAAACAGGAGGGACUGAGGUUUGUGGAAGAAGAACUUGAGAAUAUCACCAUUCCAGACCUGAGUGGAAAAGAGGGGAGCUUCAGCUACAGCAUCAACAAUGUGCGUGUGACCCAUCUGCAUAUGGCUCUCUCAGAGUUGCGGUUCCAGCCACACAAACAGUUGGUGUUGGAUAUUAACAACGCGUCUAUCAGUCUGACCUUCCAGCGCAAGCUUCUCUAUUGGCUCUUUUAUGAUGUUGGGAUCAUUAACGCCUCUGCUGAAGGGGUGCACAUCAAGACAAAACUGGAUCUUGCCAGGGAUAAGCUGGGGCGGCUGAAGAUUACCAAUAUGACUUGUGAUGCCUCUAUUGAGAGAAUGCAUGCUGGAUUCAGUGGAACCCUCAAGAGGGUUUAUGAAUUUCUUGGUACUUUCAUAACUACAGGAAUGAGAUACCUCAUAAACCAGCAGAUCUGUCCAGCGCUCAAGCAUGCCGGCCUUGUGUUGUUGAACUCAUUGCUACACACGGUGCCAGUACGCAAUCCAGUGGAUGAUUAUAUAGGAAUUGAUUAUUCCCUCAUGAGUGACCCAGAUGUGUCUGAAGACAGUUUGGAUAUGGACUUUAAGGGCAUGUUCUUCUCGCUUUCUGCAGAAAAUGAGACCAUUCCCAAUAUGUCACCGGCAUUACACAUCAAGGAAAAAGAACGCAUGGUGUACAUAGCACUGUCAGAGUAUUUCUUUGAUUCUGGAAUGCAUGCAUAUUUCUACUCUAAUGUGCUGAGCCUGGAAAUUGCAGCUGACCAGAUGCCCAAAGACAUGGAUGUUUUGCUGCGCACUUCAUACUUUGGAAGCCUAAUGUUGCUGGAUCCUUCGGUGGCUGAUUCCCCAAUGAAGAUGGAGUUACGUGUCUUAUCCCCGCCACGCUUUACAAUCAAACCCUCUGGAACCAGCGUCUCUGUCAAUGCAAUUAUAAAUAUCUUCCUCAUACCAAAGGACCUACCACCUGUGCAGCUGAGCAGCCUGACCAUGGAAUCACGCCUCAGUGCAAAAGUCACUCUGAAAAAGAAGACCUUGCAGGUUCACCUGGACCUUAAAAGAUUCCGGAUAUUCUCCAACAAGUCAGCACUAGAAUCCUUGGCACUCAUCCCACUGCAGUCCUUUUUAAAAACACUUUUACAGCUCACUGUCAUGCCUGUUCUUAAUGAGAGAACAAAGCGUGGUGUUCAAAUCCCACUACCAGAAGGACUGGAUUUUACACGAGAGACUACAACUCACCAUGCUGGUUUUAUCCUUAUUGGUGGGGAUUUGCACUUCUCCAAGAGUCUUCGAGAAGUCAUUGAAAAAUAUCGCCCAGCUCCAACUGUCUCAGCAACAACAACAAUGGGGACCAAUGACUCUAUCUGAAACCUUCUUGUUAGGAUUCUCAAGAUCCAAUAUCAUCCCCCAGGGUUCUUAACCUCCAUGAAAAAAUGAUUUAUCUUUUUUUCUGUUGGACACUUCAGCCAUGGACUGAAGGAUGGUCCUAAAAAUCAAUCAGAUUUUUAUCAAUCAGAGCAAAAUUUUGGUCAUUGGGUGGUGCCCGACCCCCUGCCAAGAAACACGGUGUUGUACAAAAGUAAACAGAGGGACAGUAACCACUUUAGCAAUGAAGGACUCUUCUAACUUUCCUAAAAAACCAACAUGGAGCUUAUAUAAUAAUCUCAGCCAAUCAAUAUCACAUACUGUAACAGUAGAUGCCUAGGUUUUUAACAUGCCAAAUAUAGAGCAACCACUUUAUACUAAAUCCCUUGCAAAAACAUUUCAGGCAUAUUAUUUGUUCUACCCUAUGUAUCUUUUUCUAUUUGCAGUUGUAAAAAAUGCUAUUGAGGGAUGCAACCUCCAGCAUUGUAACAGGAAAUUGUCUACUUAUAAAUGAGAACAAUGUGUAAUGUUGUAUAAUUUUGCAAAAGUAAAUUUUCUUAAAUGCCAAAAUUGUUUAUAAAUGUGUGUGGGCAAAUUGUAUUUCAUGUUAUACUCA